CCUGGAUUGGUUAUGGGGGCUGCUAAAGUCAACAAAGUUGAGGUCGCAGUGUCCAGAUGUGUAAAGAUUCAGUGUCACCACAGAAAAAAGGUACAACGAAAUUAUACAGAGCAAUUACUGUGUGAUAAUUCAGGAGGAUAAACUGGUGCUUAAGCGGAGACAAACAAUUUAAAGAUAAUUUCUUCAAAUGCUGCAGGCUGAUGUUAAGCUGUGGUUUUGAGGAAAAUUAGAAGUUUUCUCUCUUUUUAAUGACAGAUGUGCAUAGAAAAAUCUAUAUUUCAUAAACUUUAUGGACCCUUUUUAACUAAACAAUGGAAUGGUGUGCAUGUGUCUGUUUGUGUGUGUGCUUUUUUUAGAAGUUCCAUAUGUGAAGACAGCUUGUGGACCCCAUUUACUUCUCAGACAUUGCUAACCAGUCAUACUGUAUUAGCUGGGAACACUUUUACAAUAGAUCACAAGCUGAUGGGAGUGGGACUUUAAGAUUAGUGGACGUGUUGGUUUGCUUGUUUCCCUAGUGCGACUUUAUUACAUCACCAAAACACUUGAGGUUGAUUUUUGUUUGUCUUUGUUUUGUUGGUUUAUGAAUUAGUCAACCAUAAAAGUGAAAACUAAAAUGUGGAGUUUUAUUUUUUACUUCAGAGAGUCUGCUCUCCUCACAGUAACUGCUUCAGUUACUUGUUUUUUGUUUUGUAUUUUUGUAGAUAAAGAAGAUCUCCUUCAACUGAUGAGGAAACACCAUGGCUGGAAUUGAAGUAGCAUUCCUAAGAGGUCUCUGGUUUUCUCUCUGUCUGAGUAUCUGCCUUUGCCAGCAGGACUGUACUGGGGUGGACUGCCCCCUCCUGGACAACUGCAUCGAUGCCAUCUUGGACAGUGGCUCUUGUUGUGCUUCUUGCUUGCAGAAAGGAUGCACAUGUGAAGGCUACCAGUACUAUGACUGUGUGAGUGCUGGUUUUGAGAAUGGCUCAGUCCCUGAAGGAGACUCCUACUUUGUCGAUUACGGCAGCACUGAGUGCUCCUGUCCACUUGGAGGGGGGCGAAUCAUCUGCCAUUUCAUGAGCUGUCCUGAAGUGCCCCCUAACUGUAUUGAGUUUUCGGAGCCUGUUGAUGGCUGCAGGCAGUGCCAACAGCUUGGGUGUUUCCAAGGUGACCACAAGUAUGAGGCCAAUCAUUCAUUUCAGGUUGGACCUUGCUGGAUAUGCCACUGUCCCAGUGAAGGGGGAGAGCUCAUGUGCUACCGUGAACCGUGUGAUGCACAGAACACCACAGAUGGGAACAGCAGCAGGCAUGACGCCAUCCCCGACAGGUUUGACCAACACGGCCAAAUGCAUUCCUUCACCAGACUGGACCGUCUUCCUUUUCCGGGAAAUCUUCCUCUUUUCAAGGUGCCAUUAUUGGAUAAGGAAGACUCAGAUGAUUAUGAUUACAGCCCUACAGACUUUUCAGAAGAAUACCCAUCACUGCCUGUGGACCCCACUCAGUCUUCUGUCUUUCCCACUAAAAUUUCCUCUCUGUCUCGUGGCUCUGUCGAUUCUGACAGAAGCUCUGUACAUUCAAGCUUAAAGAUGCAAGGCAGUAUGGAGCUAAGGGAGCGACAUGGAGCUCAUGAACAUCCUAAAGAAUUGACUGAAAAUCAGUCAAGUGAUGAGCAGGAGACUCCAAACUCACCAACAGACACCACUGCAGCUUGGGAACUUUCUCAGGGUUCAGCAGGGGCACAAAGUGUCUCAUUGGGGGAUUUGGAACCACAUACAGAGGCAGAGAGGGCUUUGAACAUACAUAAAAGUUUUAUUUUUCCAUUAUACCAAGGGACUGAAAGUGAGCAUCAACCAAAGUUUUCAGAUGUGAAUUCAGAAAGUGGUUUUCAGCCUCAGACAAUUGACUUAAAUGUUGCUGACAGUUCCACUACGGAAGGUUCAAGCCUAGAGAUCAACGGUGAACACCUGACAAGAAGUACAGAGACUCUGGCCAAUCACGAAAGAGAACACAUGAAGACAUUUUCAAAGACCACUCAGAAAACUCAACAUGUGCCAUUUCUCCAGUCAACCACACAAUCUCCAAAUGAGUCAUAUGGACUAGAUGACAAGACGAGGAUGAAUGAAGAUGAGGAAGAGAGGGGGGAAGGCAUGGAAGAGUCUCAGAGUGUCAGUGAGUUUGAUGUACAGGAUCUGAAUGAAACUGUCAAGCCAUUUCAGAAGGACAAAACCCAUGAGGAUUUGGGGAGUAGUGGUCUUAACAGAAAUGGAAAUGGAAAUCAAUCACAACCCAACAAUUCCACAUCCAUGAGUCUCGUGCUCCAGCAAACCCCCACGGUCAGCUUUAUUACCACCCCUACCCAAGCACCACAGGGCAAAGUGCAGGAGAGGCUUCCCGUGGAAAGGUGGCAUGAUGUUGCAGGCACGGAGGAGCUAGCACCUGAAGCAGGUCCAGGUGUGUCUGCUAAAGAUCUUCUGCAGCACUGCUGUAAUGCUGGUCACAGAUGGGCGAAUGAACAAUUCCACUGCAAGGCCAUGCCAAAGUUGAGCAAUGACAAGAACUCUGUUUGCAGUCUUGCACAGAAGCAGUGCUGCAUCCGCUCUUUGAACAGCAUCAGGUGUGAUUCUGGUGUGACUUCAGCCAAAGCUGGACGCUCUUGUGAAGGAGACGAUGGCAACUCGUGCAUGGAUGACUCCUAUCAGGUGUGCUGCAGCUGCUGUGCGCUGGGCCUCUGGAUGCGCCGCCAAGGUCAAGGUUGUGAUGCUGACCUGCACCUGGUAUACUCGUGUGGUCAUGUCUUCCUCACUUGCUGUGAGGAAGUUGAAGCUCAAAGCCAGCUCCCAUUGAGGGGACAGGAGAACCUCAGGCCAACUGUCCUGCCCAGAAGAGUUUCAGAGAGGAAGUUUCCCAAAGAGGCCUUUUCCAUCACAACAUCAGAUGAAGUUGUGAACAUGGUGGAAGUUCAGGAGGAGGAAGAUGAGUGUCCGCUCCACCACAGACAGCAGUGCCAGCACAAGUGCACUAUUGCGUGGGGCUCGUACCAUUGCAGCUGCUUUCAGGGUUUUAUCCUGCAGCAGGACGGACACUCUUGCUCUCCAGUGAGUCCUGAGGAAAGCAGAGUGAGCACACGACACCCCCCCAUCACCAUAGGCACCGUAGAAACCCCCACCCAAUCUGCCCUUAUUGACCCCUGUGCAGGUAACGGGCUCUGCAGUCAGCGGUGCAGUACGGUGGGGGGCAGAGUUCUCUGUUCCUGCUUUCCAGGCUUCUUCCUGAUGAAAGAUGGACACACAUGUAAAGACGUAGAUGAAUGUCUGACCCACAAAUGUCUGCCACAUCAGCGCUGUGUGAACACUGAGGGCUCGUUUACCUGCAGGCCGCAGAUCACCUGUCCUCCAGGUUACCACCUGAAGAGCAGUGGGUGCCAGGAUGUGGAUGAGUGUGCCAUGAGGAAGGACCGUUGUGGCAAAGACUUCCUGUGUGAGAACACACCAGGCUCUUUCAAGUGUACACCUAAGCAAAAAUGUUUGAGCGGAUUCACCCAAGACGCUCACGGGAACUGUGUUGACAUAAACGAGUGCAGCAGCCUGGCUCAGCCGUGCAGCUCCAGCUUUGCCUGCGUCAACACAGUGGGCUCCUUCAGCUGCCAGCAGAAGGUCCUUGUGUGCAAUCGUGGAUACCACACCAGCCCUGACGGAGCCUCGUGUGUCGAUGUUGAUGAGUGUCAGAUGGGAUCACAUGCUUGUGGAGUGGGUCAGAUCUGUCACAACCUCCCUGGUAGCUACCGCUGUGACUGUCAGACAGGAUACCAGUUUGAUGCCCUGCGCAAAGUCUGCACAGAUGUGAAUGAGUGCUGGAGCUAUCCAGGCAGGUUGUGCGCUCAGACCUGUGAAAACACGGUGGGCUCUUACCUCUGCACCUGCACAGCUGGCUUUAUUUUGGCCUCUGACCAAAAGAACUGUGAAGACAUAAAUGAAUGCGACCAAAAGCCCUGCAGUCAGGAGUGUGUCAACAUGCACGGUUCAUAUCAGUGCUACUGUCGCCAAGGAUAUUACCUUCAUGAAGACGGACGCACCUGUGAAGACAUUGAUGAAUGCUCCCAAAGCAUUGGGAAGCUUUGUGCCUUCCAGUGCGUCAAUGUUGUAGGCAGCUACCUCUGUGCCUGUCCUCCUCAUGGAUACGUAAUGUCAGCCAAUGGACACACCUGUACAGACGUGGACGAGUGCAAGGUGGGCAGCCAUAACUGCUCCUCUGAAAAAACCUGCUUUAAUCUGCAAGGAGGCUUCAGGUGUCUUUCCUUUGACUGUCCACACAACUACAAGAGGGUGUCCAGCACAUACUGUGAGAGGAUUAACUGUGCUCCCAACUCCUUUGACUGUCAGAAGUCUCCUUUGAGGAUCACCUACUACACUCUCAGCUUCCAGAGCAACAUCCUCACUCCAGCCCAGAUCUUCCGAAUGGGGCCCUCCCCUGUCUACGCCGGAGACCACGUCAUCAUCAGCAUCACGAGCGGAAACGAGGAGAACUACUUUAGCACUCGCAAGCUGAACAGCUUCACGGGCGCCGUCUACAUCCAGAGAAAGGUCAGAGAGCCCAAAGACUUCCUGAUAGAGGUGGAGAUGAAGCUGCUGAGGCGGGGGACCGUCACCUCAUUCCUGGCCAGACUCUAUGUCUUCUUCACACCCAGCUCCAUGUAAGACACUGUCGGGGAUGAAGAUUCUAUUUCAUAAGGUGCUGAAAAUGUUUUGGUUUGGACUGUUCCAUCAAUCCAGAAGAUUGUUAUCUGAGAUUUCUACUUAGUCUGGAGUCAUUUCUCUUCAGAAUGUCGUCAUUAAACCUUCCUGAUCAGCUCUUGUUGGUUUGGGUCCAAGCAGCUUGUCCUUCCCAGCCCUCCUCUUCCUCUCUGCCUCUGACGAAUGGGCUUAUAUUUGAGCCCAGCAGUACAGGAGACAGAAAUCUAGCUUUUCCAUCCAGAACGUGAGCUGAUAUAUUUUUAUGAAUGUAAUAUUCAGACUGACUGUUCUCAGAAAGUCAAAGAGUCAACAGAGAGACUGAAUUAAACAUUACCAGCACACAAGUAGGGUAAUAAAAAAUACUUUUGGAAUUGAUUAGAAGACGACGCAUCUUACCUCAGAACUCCAUGAAGUUGUACCCAAAUUCCUUCACUACUCACUAUUUAGUGCCCUACAUAGUGCAUUUUCCAUUUUGUAGAGCUGUCCAAAACUACAAUUCCAAAACCAAGUAGAAAUUUUCCAGAAGCCUUUGUGAAAAACCAGUGUGCAUCAAUGCUUACUAGACUGGGGAAUAUAGACCACAAUGAGCACAUUUUCCUAAAAGAAUGUCUUUUCAUUUAUUUUUAAUAUAAAAUCCAAAUUGUUAAACACCGAAAAAAGUGGAUGGACAAGUGGAUUUAUAAAUAGUCUUCCUAAUGUUUGCUGUAUAUAUAUAUAUAUAUAUAUA